GAGGCGCGAGGGGGUGCGCCUUGGGAUCGACGUGCUGCCAGUGUCCGUGGGCAGUUUUGCAGGCCUCUCCGUCCUCGCGGUCUUCGCCGGGGGCGAGGUGGACGCGUGGAAUCACCGCUCCGUCGUCGAGGCGCAGAGAGUCGGCCCUGGCGAUAUCAUCAUCCGCGUGAACGACACCAUGGGCGACACGUGCCAAAUGAUGGAGGACCGCACCGCCUCCCGAAGGGUGACCAUGCUGCGGCGCGGCCCGCAGAACGGGGGCGCGGCGGCGCAGCCGCAGGUGACCGAGCGGCCCGUGCAGCAGCCGCCGCAGCUGCAGCAGCCGGCUCCGGGGCCGCCGCCCGACACGGGGCUCCGCCUGGGCUCCAGGGCCAAAGGGCGCGGGGCGGCUGAGGCCUUCCGCGAGGCAGAGGGGUGCGGCCAGCCCGGGGUUGAGCACUACAUGCGGAGGCGCGACGGCAUGCCGCUCGGGAUCGACGUCAUGCAGCCCCCCGGCGGCGGCUUCGGCGGCGGAGGC